GCACGACAAGUUCCACAAAGCAGCGACACGUUUAACGCACGCCACUCGGCACACGCGGAACCACGAGUAAUCCAUCUCCUGUUGCAGCACCUCGAACGCCAGGGUGUGAUAAUUCCUGAUGCAUCUUUCGCCCAUAAUGAAACCGUCGCCAGCGACGAGACGCGAAACACUGACACCGACGCAACGGUACAUGGCCCAAGGCGGCGGCUAUUUCGAGUGGCGGUUGUGACCGACCACUUUCCCAUUGCACAUGCGCAGGGGCGGCUCAACGGCUUUGGUGGUAUUGGUCGGGGCUACGCGCUGAACAGACUCUUCGAAUACACAAAUGAUCUCUUCCACAGGAAGGCGGUGCAAGUGGUCUUCUUUUAUAUCGCCGGUCCCCGCAAUCCGGCGGACCACUGCUCCCGCAACUUUGGGGUUGACGAUGGAACCAGGACAAUCUCUUCGCAUCCAGCAAACGACUGUCUUGUUCCACUCUUACGAACCACCUUCGGACCGAUCUGCAAAGGAAAAAGUGAAGCAGAGAAACCUAUGGUCACUGUUGAAUACGAUGUGGAUAUGUAA